AUGCUCCGUCAUCCAGGUGUCCUAUCCAAGAUCAUCAAGCUCGCUCACAAUGGCCGAUCACGUACCUGUCUGAGUUCCUCCCACCCCUACAGCUCAAGAUACUCAACCAGUAGCCAUACUGAUUUAAGGACAUCGAAAACGAUGAGGACUAGCACGAGGUUUUGGGACAACAAGUCGCUCUUAUGUGUUCGAGAGCGCAACGAUGACCAUUUAAACUCAAGCAAGGCGAGCGAGGAGAAAGCGCUGGAUUUCAAUCCGGCGGUGGAUGCGAUGAACGCCUUUCGUAUUGCGACGCUCAUAGUAUUUGGGGCGACCGUCCUGACGAUCGGUGGGCUGAGCAAGCGAUGGGAGCUCGACGGCUGGGAAGAUUGGAGGAUCUUCAUCGAGGCCGGGCACCUCGGCAAAGCGCUGAUUCCCACGGAUUGGUCUCAAUCUGCUUCCAAAGCCAUCCCCGAUCGUCUCCGUCCCACCCCCACUCCCCUCUCAGAACAAGAACUUACCGAAGAACACGAACUCAUCGGAAGUUGGCACUGGAAAAAAAGGGUUGAUCGCGAGUGGGAAGUCGAAAGAAAUCGAAGAGAGGCCGAAAGACUUGAGUGGGAAACGCGGAGGAAAGCGUUGGGUAAAAGGAUUUGGUAA